AAAUAUCCAUUUCACGCCCGCAUUCCCCUAAACCCUCGCCCUCGCUAAAACCCUUGCAAGGGUUUCUUUCUUCAGUCUCAUCUCGAGUCCGAGGGAUCCCUACAAUGGCUUUUGCUAACAAGCUUGGGAGUCUCUUCAAAGCAGCGGUUAAUGCCUCCAACCCAUCAGUAUUCCAAGCUAUACGAUGCAUGUCAUCUUCCAGACUUUUUGUUGGAGGACUUUCAUAUGGUACAGAUGAUGCGUCGUUGCGAGAAGCAUUCACUUCCUUUGGUGAAGUGACCGAAGCGAGGGUUAUUACUGACAGGGAUACUAGUAGGUCAAGAGGAUUUGGUUUCGUAAGUUUUACAUCCACUGAAGAGGCCUCUAACGCUAUCAGCGGUCUUGAUGGGAAGGAACUCCACGGGCGCAUGGUGAAAGUAAAUUAUGCUACUGAGCGGACUGGUGGUUAUCGUGGUGGGGGCGGCGGCUACAAUGGUGGCUACAGUGGUGGUGUGGUUACAGUGUGCGGCGGCUAUGGGCGGGGGGGCUAUGGAGGAGAUAGCUACAACGCUGGAGGAGGUGGUGACUAUGGUAGUAAUGCUGAUGGUGGUAUGAACGACCAGUUCAAGGGUGAUAAUGAGUAUGCAAGCAGGCAAUAAUUGCACCAUACAAAACUUAGUAUGAAGUGUUUAUGACUGGAACUGCAAUAUAGAGCAUGAGUUAAGUUUUUAAUUUGGUAGUAGCGUGGGUUUAUAUGUUGUAUUGUCCUUGUUUUUUAAUUCAGUAUUUUGCAUAUCUGUGAACAAUGAGCUUGAAGGGUGCUUGUCCAUUUGUGAAUGGAUCUACAAUUGAGCUUUUGGUAGCUUAAAACAAUUAUGGCCUUGUUUUC